UUUAUUUUCAAGAAACAUGUCCGACACGAGGUUGUAUGAUUUACUUGGUGUGAAACCAGAGGCUACUGAUGCCGAAAUUAAAAAGGUGAGACCAUUUAAAGAAUAUUGAAGUGUAGUUUAAUUAUCCUUCUUUAUUUUACACUUGAUUUUGGGCCAGAAUAGUUGCGAAAAAGCGACGUAAAUACCCACAGAAAAUGACAUAUUUUGUGUUAUACUUUAGGCAUACAGGAAGCUUGCCAAGGAAUUUCAUCCUGAUAAAAACCCCGAGGAGGGCGAAAGGGUAAGAAAAUUGAAGAUAAAAUAAUUUUAUACUAUUCUGUACGUGUUAGUGGUUUUGAAAUGUCUUAUUAAAGAGCAUUUUUCGUUUUUUGUUGUAGUUUAAAGAGAUAAGUUUUGCUUACCAAGUACUAUCAGACAAUGAAAAACGAGAAAUGUAUGAUAAAUUUGGGGAAAGAGGUUUACGUGAGGGAAUGGGUGGAGGUUUGUUAUUUCAUGUAUAUUUUAAAUAUAUAUUUCUGUGGUAUUUUGUGAAAAUAUUGGUGACAGUCUUUGACAAUACCAUGCCAUGAGUGUGACAUUUUGGCAUUCAUUGUCGACCAUUGUCUUAGUUUCAUUAUUAAUUCUUGUUCAAUGGAAACUUUCUACCAGGAAUUAAAAGUGAUAGUAUCAGUGAGAGAUCAGCAUAGUGGGUUGGCACUGUUCUUUAUUAACUGUUGUACAAAAAUUGGAAUAUUGUUGAUGAAUAUUAGGACAUUUGAUGGCUGUGUCACUGUCAGGUUGUCAACUUCUGUGCUGUUUUACUAUGUUGCUCUUCAAUACAAGAUGAUUUUGGGAACCAAGAUGACCUUGGCAACUUCAAAAUUUAAACGACUUACAAUGCUUUUUACGAACGGAUUGUUUCACAGUCAACCAGAAUCCACCGUACUUGUCAACAGGAGUCACACACCCCAAAUAACACGCAAUGCUUUCAUUUCGACUAGUUAAAUUGUAUGAGGUUAGAAAAGGCGAAAUAACAAAGUAGGGCAAGACUUUCUCCUUGAAAAGUAAAAUUGUCUGGUUUUUGAGUAACUGAAUAGUGUAGCACGGAACAUUGGGACUUAACUUUUUAAUAGACAAUUCCCAUUAUAGACUAAUUUUAAAAUUAGGCAAGGAAACUCAAAUAAAUCACCACAGCUAGAAAGAGCAUACUAAAAUUAGUAAAAUUACAAAGUUUGGUUGCGAAAUGUUGUAAAAUGAGGAAAAUAUAGCCUUGCAAAGUUCGCAAAUUUUGUAUACUUUUCGGAAAUUCCUACCACAUUCCUACCACAUUUAGGCCGAAAAUGGUCGCACGCAAUACAAAAGUAUACAAAAUUUGCAAACUUUGCAAGGCUAUAUUUUCCACAUUUUACAACAUUUCGCAACCAAAUUUUGUAAUUUUACUAAUUUUAGUAUGCUCUUUCUAGCUGUGAUGAUUUAUUUGCAUCUCCUUGCCUAGUUUUAAAAUUAGUCUAUAAUGGGAAUUGUCUAUUAAGUGGCAAUGUGUCCUGAUGCUCCCUACUUUAUAUCUAACACCAGACAAUUUUACCCAUCAAUGGGAAAGUGCUGCCACUCAGACGGUUAACAAGGAGUACAAACAAUUAACCUUUUAAGGUGGCUCAAUUUUUUUCAAAUUGUCAACGUAAUUCAAUAUUCUAAGAGAAACCAUUUUAUGAAUAAAAGGUUUCAUGUUAAAUUACUUUAAAGCCAAAAAUCUGCCAUAUUGAAAGAGUUGCAUAAUGUUUGUGUGAAAAUUCCAACUCUGUACAUUUUUUACAUAAGUAAGAUGCUUUUUGUUUUUCAACACAUAAAUGACAUAAUACUUGUCCAAAAGUAUGCACCAAUAUGCAAAUUUUCCAUUUUAAAAAACUUGUAUUGAGCCACCUUAAGCCCAGCAAUUUCGCCUUUACAAAUGACAUCUUGUUGUACUAGACAACAUGAAGUAGCAGAGUAGAGCACAUUCCAGCUUAUUGGGUCAAUUUGACAUUUUAUAAUGGGUGAUUCAGAAAAGAUCUACACUUCCCCCACUGAGGAAAGUAAGUGUAUUCCUGACAUCUGAAGGAGUUAGAGGGGGUUUACGUCCAAUUUCCUCUGUGGGAGAGGUACGGAUGUUUUGUGGAUUGACGCAUUUGAUGAAAACAAACAUGUUUUCAGCUUUUCAAUGUCCCUAAAGUUAAUUAUCAUAUUGUAUUCAGGUGGAUAUGAUGAUGUAUUUUCACAUAUAUUUGGAGGGGGUGGUGGAGGAUUAUUUGGUGAGUGUUCUAAAUUGUACCAAUGUAAUCACUGAUCAAUAUCUAUGUCAAGUAGCAUUCAUUACACUGAUAAACAAGAUUUUUUGUCUGAGUGUAAUGUGCAUGAUAAUAUAAUCACAUUUUUUCUAGGUGGCUUUGGUGGAUUUGGAGGUCGACGGAGAAGAAGAGGCGAAGAUCUUGUUCAUCCAUUGAAGUAAAACCUGUUUUCCAUUCAUUAUAAGAGUCAACUCCUAAACUUGCUGUGAGUGCUUACAUCCAAUCACUGUGCUAGUCAGUUUAUUAUUAUUCAAUGCAAGCACUCGCAGCAAGCUUGCAAGUUGACUUUUGUGACGAGUGGCAAAGAGCCCUAAGCUUUUGAGGUGUGUUCAAGGUGUAGUAGUUUGAAGUAAAUGGUUAAUAAGUGAUUGAACAUUUCAGAGUAAGCCUGGAAGACCUGUACAUAGGCAAAACAAGCAAACUACAGCUGACAAAGAAUGUAAUCUGCGGCCAGUGUCAAGGGUAUGUAUUAUAUAUAAUGCAUGUUUUGUUAGUAGGCAAAAAUAAGUAAACUAAGCUAGUGUCCAGGCCUCUUAUGAUGAGAAGCCACUGUGCUACAAACAUUACCCUAAUAAUAUUAUGCACUACCCUCCUGGAAAAUCUCCCCCCCCCCUGAAAAUGUACACCUCCUUGGGAAGCUUAACCCCCUUGAAUAAGACCAAAUCAGCCCCUUGUAUUUUGAUAACAAACUUAAUUGAGGAGUUGACAUGACAGUUUUUCAACACAUGACAGUUUUUCAAAGGGAAGAACCACAUGACAGUUUUUCAAAGGGAAGAACCAAAGUUCAGGUGAAGUUUGCUUGUAUUAUCAAACAAUGAAAUAUUAUUUUGUUAGGGCUGGUGGCAAGCCUGGAGCAGUGAGAAGCUGUGGCAGUUGCAAUGGUCGGGGAGUGAAAGUCUCAAUACGACACAUUGGACCAGGCAUGGUGCAGCAAAUGCAAUCUGCGUGUAAUGUUUGUAAGGGGGAAGGUAGGGCAUAUAAAGUUAUUUGUAAUGAUGCAACCUUCACAAUCCAUCAGGGCCGCUUAGAGCUUGGUGGGAGCCCGGGGCAAAAUUUUUUGUUAAAGGGCCCCUAUUCCAGCGACUUUACCUCAAUAUUUCAUACCAAAUUUCGGUACUUUGCACAAAAAAAACUAUCAAUAUCUUGCAAACAAACAAACAAACUAAACAAAUAUCUUGCCCUUUGCACAGAAAUAUUUCACCCAAAAAAAUGACUGGCUCCCAACAAAAAAUUUGCCCUCUGCUCCCUCCUCCUGGCGGCCCUGCAAUCCAUCUAUCUAUCUAUUGCCACAGUAACUGAAAUAUUAUUUUUUCUGAUAUUUUCUCAGGUGAAAUGAUAAGUCAGAAAGAUAAAUGUACAACAUGUCAGGGAAAGAAAACAGUGAAAGAAAAUAAAGUAUUAGAGGUCAGUGAAGAUUUGCCUCCAAACAAUUUUGCUCAUAAAGAUGAAGUCCCCCUCCCCCCUACAUUUGCCCCCAGGAUAUCCAAUGUUCCCCUCCUAAGAAAGUUAAAUGUAUAAAUUCUUGAAUGUGAUCUUGAACAGGUUUAUGUGGAUAAAGGAAUGAAGGAUCAUCAAAAAAUAACUUUUGAUGGAGAAGGAGAUCAAGAGGUGAGACAAUAAAAUAUACAUUUUUAACCCACUCAUUGCCAGCACUCUCCCCUUGAUGAGUAAAAUGGUCGGGUGUUAGACAGAGUAAAGUAAUAAAGUAUGGAGUCAAGUAGCGCAAAUUAAGAUGCAUUACACAAUGGGCGGUAAAAGUGAGAAAACAGUAUGAAGAUUUCAAAUGACUAGAUUCGUAGAAUGGAGCACUACAGUAUGGUGUCCUGGAGCUGUGGAUCAUGCACAAAACAGCACAUUGGCAGUGCAUCACAAGCACAAAACAGCACAUGACAAGUGCACCACAAGCACAAAACAACACAUGCCAAGUGCACCACAAGCACAUAAACUAACAAACUCAUGCACCAAAUAUAAAGUAGUUUAUUCUGAUCAUUGUUCUGUAUAUAAAUGCAGCAAAAAUGGGUCGUACAUGAAGAUGAUUGCCUAGAUAGUUCAUCAUGUGUUUACACAGAUUAUCAGAUAGACUGAAGAUGCGUCUUCAUAAUCUAUCUGUACAUAGUCUGUAUAUAUAUUGCAGAGCAAUGAAGUAACAAGACUCUGUCAUUUCAGCCUGGCAUUGAUGCGGGAGAUGUGAUCAUCAUAUUACAACAGAAAGAACAUGAAGCAUUCAAACGAAGUGGACAUGAUCUAUAUUUAGAAAAAGAUAUAACACUCUCGGAAGCGCUGUGUGGGUUUGAUAUGGUUAUAACACACCUAGAUAAGAGAGAGAUUAAAAUACACUGUCCUCCAGGAAAGGUCAUUGAGCCAGGUAAGAGGCUCUGCUUGCUUUUUCCUUUUGCAUAUGUCUUACUGUACCUAACGCUGUCUACCGGAUACAUAAUCACCAUCACCACCACCAGAUAGUGAUUUUUUUCUAAAAUUUGCGAUUCCCCUUACGUUUUCGUACCGCUUUGCAUUGUGGUUAUAGUGGUAUCACUGAUGAAGAUAGCGGCCUCGAAUGAAAAUAUUGAAUGUUUUCACGAAUAUUUUGCUGUUGGCUAUCGCGCACCUGACCCUAGCUUUUUUUAAAAGUUCUUGCAUGGGUCAGGACAAAAAAUAAGCCAUCUUGAAUAUCAGUGAUACCACUAUAAUGCAAAGCGCUACGAAAACGUAAUAAGGGUAAUCUAGUGUUGAUGGGCAUAACCCAGAUUAAACUGUAGUAUUACAUUUUGUGUAUGUGGAGAACACCUCGAUCAUUAAACAUUGAUUUAUUUUGAAUUUUCUUCAUGAAUUAUUAAUUAGACUAAUAAUUUACACAAUUAAAGCUCAUUUCCACUCAAGAAAAUUUUCUGAAAAUAUCAUUGUUAUAAAAGUUGAAAAUGUUCACUUCAAAAAUUUUUUCCCACGGAAAAUUUGUGUUGGCCAAUCACAUUUUACAAAAUUUUCUUUCUUAGUUUGGAUACAGACCACUCAGUUUCUUGACGAUUUAACAAUUCUCUGCAAUCUCAAUAUAUUUUUUUUAAACUCGUGAAUAUUUUUUUCCAGGUUGUAUCCGUGGUGUGGAAGGUGAAGGCAUGCCUAUUUACAGAAGAUCAACCACGAACGGAAACUUGUAUAUAAAAUUUAACGUCGUAUUUCCAGAAAAGAAUUUCUUGGAUGAAGAUAAAUUAAAGGUGAGCUUACAAUGUUGUAAAGGUCCCGUGUUUGAAAUCUAAUUCUCAAACUCAAUAAUUCAUGAAGGAAAUUCAAAAGAAAUGCAUCUUUAUUUUGUAUUCAGAAAUAAGAGGAAGAUUACAGCCGUUUUUCGUCAACUUUAAACUCGCUUUUCUCUUAAAGUAUUGAUUCGUUUGAGAAGCUCAUCCAACACUCGCAAAUGUUCUUCCUCUGAUUUCUAAAUACAGACAAGCCGGUCAAAAAAACUCGGCUUUGCCUCGUAUUUUCAACCUGCUUGUUGUAUUUAGAAAUCAGAGGAAGAACACUUACUCGUGUUGGAUAUAGUACUUCAUUCAUUUAGUUUAAUUUUUUGUUGCUAAAACUGUGAACAUUUGAGAAGACAUUUGUUGUCGUUCGUAAUUUUCUUUAGUAAAUUUUCUGAGAAAAAUUCUCUUUCUAGGAACUUGAAAAAUUGCUCCCUCCUCGUCCUCUGCCACCCAAGGUCGGUGAGGAUGUCGAGGAAGUCGAUCUCGAAGAUGUCGGCGAAGCUGGUGCGACGUCUUCCGACGGCCGACAACGACACGUUUACGAAGAUGGUAGCGACGACGAAGCCUCUGGUCACGGUCCCAGAGUUCAAUGCGCUCAUCAGUAAUGGAUGAUAACCGCAAGUAUACUAAUGAGAAAAUGUGGAUAUAAAAUGUCUCUAUCAUAAUGUCUUGAUAUCUGUCAUGAUGACAGGUUGUAUUUAAUGACAAAAAUUUCUUGAAAAAUCUGCAUGCAUGGAAAUUUGCAAGAAAAUAAUACAGAUAUUGCGCUGUUUUUCAAGGAGAUUUUAUUGUCGAUUUCAAGUCACUUUUCAACGCGCGGUUCCCAAGCUCGUUGCAAACUUGCCAAUUACGUUGCCAAGUUCAAAAGUUGGGCGUGAACUUCGCAACAAAGUUCGCAAGUACAUUUCAAUGUUUGAAUUAUUGUAAACAAAUGUUCAUAGUUCAAGUUGAAAUUAACAAUUCAAUGGAAAGUUCUUGGUCCAGUGGGCUACCAAGAAGAUUUGUAUUUCAUGUAAUUGGUUAUUAUUAUUUAGUAUGAACAUUUGUUUACAAACGAAGUUCAAACAUUGAAAUGAACUUGCGAACCUUGUUGCGAAGUUCGAGCCCAAUUUCCGAACUUGGAAACGUAAUUGGCAAGUUCGCAACAAACUUGAGAACCGCGCGUUGAAAAGUGACUUGGAAUCGACAAUAACAGUUUUAAACUAUUUCUAGUAUUCGUAUUAGUAAGAAAUAGUUUUCAAUAACUCUGGGAUUUGACAGUUACAGCAUUUUACGAGUUCAUACGCAGGUUUGAUAUAGGAUAAUGAAACGUUUGUUUAUAUUAGAUUGAAAUAAGUGCUUUUAUACAUGACGGACGUCUAUGCGAUUAUAAAACGUAUCCGAGGUAUGCAGCAAAGAUUUUUGGAACUACCAAGUUGUAAUUCUUUUAAUUUCGUAACUUUGUGAUCAAGGACUUUUGGACGUUGGAUAUACGAUGUAACUUUACUAAAUCACGCCUACGCCACUAGGAAAAGAUUUCAUUGCUAGCUGAAAUAUCGCUGCUGUACAAAAGAACCGUGUUGAUGAUGUCAUCUACUCAGAAUACUUAUGGAUCUGUUGACAAUGAACCUAAAGUUGUUUCGACGCGGUAAAAACCAAAACCCUAAAUAUAAUGUUGAAGAUGAUAGUAUAGUACUUAUAACACUGUAUUGAACUAAACACCAUACCAUAUGGCAAGUAUAAGAACGAAUCAAUGCUUGCAGGAAUAACGGAUGUUUAAAUUUUCUAAUUCUUCUAAUUGGAAUUGUGAGAUAUUUCAAAUUUAAUAUGUAGAAUAAGUUAUUUUAGUAAUUUAUAUUAAUGUUGUAUUUUCUGGGUUAUACGCGUUUGCUCAUAAUAAAAUCUCUAAGCUCAUUAAUUAACUCUAGAAGCGAC